AUGCAGGCUCCUCCUGUUUACCCGCCUUGCGUCCUGCCGCCGUCCUUUGCCAUGUAUCGGAACCUGCAGCAGUACCAUCGCUACUCCCAGUGUCAGUGGCAGAACAUGCCGCCACAACACUUCAACCAGCAUAUGCCGCUGAAACCGGCAUUGCCUCCACCCCCGCCGCCGCCGCCUUCUUCGGCGCCCUAUGGACAAGUAUUUUUAAACUCCGCGUUGGUAUUCCUGAUGCCUUUGACUCCCGGUGGUAAACACCGUAUCACAAGGAUCGAGGAGGUCUCAAAGGAAAGACAUAUGGUAAGUGAUGUGGAGCUGAGACUACGUAGGAAAGAGAAGCCUAAGUUCGUUUUCUCUGCCCUCGUCUCUCUCGUCCAGUCAAGCCAGGAGCCUCCUGUGUUGAGACCCAAGGAAAGAUCAUGGAAGAAGGAGUUUAGCUGUUUCUUAUUUUAUUACUCCACAUUUGUGGUAUUUUCUAUGUUGACUAAUCUUCAUACUGACCUAAGAAAAUGGGAGGAAGCAAUCAUGGAUCCCAUUAAUGCACCAGUUAGUAUUCUCCCUGACCGGAUUCCUUUGGCCCCAGUCAUGGACAAAGAAAUAUUUGGAACAGGAGUCUGUAUCAAAGAAGAGCUCAGCGAAGGUGUCAUCGAAGAGAUCUAUUUAGAAAUCAAAGAAGAACCGCUUGAUCAUGCAGAUGAAGCAAGGGAUGAAGUGAGCAAAGCGAAAGAGGAUCGUGAAUUACUUUCCUUUAAGGAUCUUCAAAACCUCAGCCAUGAAGAAAGUGAAAAAGACUCGUGGGAUAUUGAGGAUUGCAAUACCUUGUCAAGAGCGUCAUUUGUGGCUGAGGAAAAUGAGAAAAGAUGUUCAUCAGAAGAGGAUCAGGCAAAGCAUAAAGAAAGUCAUAGAGAAGUUACACACAGAAAAGUGGCUAGGAAACUGAAGCGUUUUUUAUGUGAAGUGUGUGGCAAGACAUUCUGUAAUAAGACAGAUAUAAAGAUUCAUAUGAGAGUACACACAAAGGAGAAGCCAUACAGUUGUGAUAUUUGCAACAAAGCUUUCUCAACUAAAAAGUGCCAAGUGCUACACAUUAGAGUACACACAAAGGAGAAGCCACACACCUGUGAAUUUUGCAACAAAGCAUUCUCAAGGAAGAGUGAUCAAGUCAGGCACAAAAGAGUACAUACAAAGGAGAAGCCAUACAUUUGUGAUAUUUGCAGUCAAGCCUUCUCGCAGAAAAAUAGUUUAGUAAAGCACAUGAGAAUACAUACAAAUGAGAAACCAUACAGCUGUGAGAUUUGCAAUAAAGACUUCUCGGAUAAAUAUGACUUAGCGAGACACAUAAGAGUACAUACGAAAGAGAAGCCAUAUAUCUGUGAUGUAUGUAAUAAAGACUUCUCACAGAAAAGUUUACAAGUGAUACACAUGAGAUUACAUACAAAGGAGAAACCUUACAUUUGUCAAAUUUGCAAUAAGGCUUUCACACGGAAUAGUUGCCGAGUGAGACACAUGAAAAUACAUACAAAGGAGAAGCCAUACAUCUGUAAGAUUUGCAAGAAGGCUUUCUCACAGAAUAGUUGUCGAGUGAGACACAUGAGAGUACAUACAAAGGAGAAACAGCUGUGAAAUUUGCAGUAGAGCUUUCUCACAGAAAAGUAGUUUUGUAAAGCAUGUGAGAGUGCAUACAAAGAAGAAACCAUAAGCCAGAUAAAACUGGCUCAGUGAAACAUAGAGUAUAUAUAAAGAAGCCAUAUAUGUAUAAAGCCUUCUUUGAGAAAAGUCAUCAUGUAAGGCAUAAGAGAGUAUAUACAAAGGAAAAGGGAUAUAUGCAAUGUCUUCACUUUGAAAUAGAUUCUAGUAAAGCACGUAAGAGUAUAUACAAAUAAGUAUGAUACCUGAGGUUUCCAAUGAAAACUUAUCUCUAUAAUAUAAUUUAACUGAUGCGCAAGAGUUCAUGCAAAGGAGUAAUGGGCCUGAUGAUUCUCUGAGGAAUCUGAUUGUGUGUGGGAAUGCGAAGUAAGGAUUCUCUGGGAAAGAAAGAAUACUUCAGGGUAUGUGUAUAAGAUAUGUAGCUAUACCUUCACCUAGAAAUAUUGUGUGUAGGAAUGCAAAAUAAGGAUUCCCUGGGAAAGAAAGAAUACUUCAGGGUACGUGAAGGUCGCAGGCCAGACGUGUACGAGAUAUGCAGAGGAGAAAUUUCGUAGGUCCUGAGAUUUAUCAGUAAAUAAAAAGAUAAAUAGAUCUACAAAAAACCUUCCUCUUGGCAUUAUAGGGACAGAUGCAUCAUAUGCUUUGAAGGUUCUCUUUUUCUUUUAUAUUCAUGUGUUUUUUUUGUUUUGUUUUUUUCUCAAGACUGAUCAAGUUUUAUGUGUUAUGACUUGCAUUUUAGUCUAUAUAGACUUGUUCCCCAUGUGACGGGCUAUAGAUUCCAGAUCCUUCAUAAAUUUUGAAGGUCGUCAUUUUCCAACUUGUGCUCUAUACUCAUAAUGUUUUUUUUUCCUACGGAUUGAUCAAGUUUUAUUUGCUAUGAUUUGUAUUUAAGUCUCCAUAGACUCGUUCCCAAUGUGACGGGAUAUAAAUUCCAGAUCCUUCAUAUAUUUUGAAAGUUCUCUUUUUGGUACUCAUGCUUUAUAUUCUUAAAUAUAGUUUUCUCUAGAUUAACCAGUUUUAUGUGUUAUGAUUUGUAUAUUAUAAUUUCGAGCUAUAAUUUCUGUAAAUAUGCCCCCAGGCCAGGCACUUUUUAGGAGCUAAGGUCAUGUGUAUUAAAUGUGCGUGUAAAAAUUUUCACUCAUCACUGCCUCUUUUUUGCCGCUGUGUAUAGAUAUUUACUUUUGCAAUUUUGCGAUCACAUGACCACAAUUAUGUAUCAUAAUGAAGAUCAAUGAG